AUGAGUAAAAUUAAAAAAUUCAAUCAAAUACCAUUUUAUAAAAUUAGCAACAAUAUAAAUGAAAAUUUUAAAAAACCACUUUUUUCAUCAGUUUCAGCAAUAUCAUCAUUAAAUAAUAAUAGAGCUCUAUCAAUCAAUUGCAGAAAGUUUACAGUUGGAAAAAAUAUCACACCAAUUUCCACAGUAAAAACUUCAUCUAAUAUAAUAGACGAAAUCAAAAAAAAUGAUGUUUCAAAUUCAAUAAAUAGUGAAGAUAAAAGUUUGGGGUUUGAAAGAAACAUACCAUUUAAAUGGUUAUUAAAAAAAAUUUACAUCGCAUCCACAUUAGGUUUUUCAGGUUCCGUUAUUGUGGGUCAUUCAUCAUUAGAACUCUUUUUAAUAGAUGAUACAUUACCAUUUUUAUUUGGUUUGGUGGGUGUAUUUCUUUCAGUCCAAAAUUUCAAUAAACAGAAAGUAAAAUACGAAACAGUAGAUACAAUUGUAGAUAAAAGUAAUAGUAAUAGUAAUGAUAAUAGUAGUAGUAGUGUCCAAAGAUCUUUUAUUAAAAUGAUAGUUCCUCGUUAUACUUUUGAAAAUAUAGCACCUUUCAUUGGUCUUUGUGUAUGUAGUGGAGUUGUUAUCUCACCACUACUUAUACUUUAUUCAACAACAACUAUAGUCAAGGCACUUGCUCUAGGUGGUGUCGUUAGCGGUACUGCUAUAUACUCUUUAUCAAAAAUGAAACAAGAUGUUACUAUACAGCCCUACAGACCAGCUAUAUAUGGGUCUUUGAUGGGAUUUGCAGGUGUGGGUGUUCUUUCGUUAAUAUCUUACCUUUUACAUGGACCAGAGUCAUUCUAUCAAACUAUAAAAACCGUUAAUCUAUAUGCUAGUGUUGCAAUUUCUACAGGGCUUAUUGUCUAUGGAACUAAAGAUGCCAUCAAAUUAUCUAAACAAAAUCUUAAACCCAACUUUCUUAAAGUAUCAUUGGAUUUAAUAAGAAUAAUGAUAAUUUAUAAAUAA